AAACUAUUCCACCACGCUUUGGCAGUUACCUGCACACAACCUCGAGAAUGCCGCAGUAACUUGAUGCCAUGCGUCUUCCCGACUCUCGCACCCACCCCUAUGUUGUAUCACCAGCUCCCCGCGGCUCGUGAAGGCUAUGCACCCCACCAAUGGCCCUCCUUCGUCCAAGAGCAGUUCGACGCCUGCAGCCUCGACGCUCCGCCCGCGGACACGUCGCCUGAUAUCCGUCGAAGAUGAGCUGUACCCUGCCUCUGACAGCGAAUACGCAUCUCCCCUGGGCUCCAGAGCCGCAUCCCCCGUGCCGAACGCCCAUCCUUCACGCCCCAACGUCACCUCGGACCCAACGUCGUCCUUCGUGCGAUCGGCGAGUGCGCAUACUCCGAGAGCGCUUAGGGAUACGUCUUCUACACUGUCCGGGCUGUGGGGCAACUCCUGGUCGGCUAUUCAGGGUCUGGCGACAAACGUCUUGGGCAACGAGGCAGGCGCAACAGGCACAUCCACAAGGAGGCGCAAGCCGUUGCUAGCAACACAUCGACGCACCACCAGCAGCGCUCCGCCGAAACAAUGGGGUCCGUCGGCAUCUUCGACCGCGCAUGUUGGCGCCGGCAUGCAGGAAGAGAGGGACAGCAUGGUUCGGGCAAUGAAGCGCAAGGACCUGCUGACUGCUAACGAGCAUUUGAUGCCAGACUCUGUUGGGCGCAUAAAACGAAGGAACUCCGAUGAGCGGCUGAGCGUGUCCGCACCUCCCGCAGAGAACGAGGAUCGAGAUGCGCUGGUAUACAUACACAAGGUACGGCCCCAGGACACGCUUGCCGGUAUCAGCAUCAAGUUCAAUUGCCAGCCGGCAAUAUUGCGGAAGGCCAAUCGCAUGUGGCCAAAUGACAGCGUUCAAAUCAAGGAUACCAUAGUCGUUCCGGUUGACGCUUGUGGAGUAAAGGGGCGGCGAGUGGCCGGCCCGGACGCUCAUCAAGAAGAUGAUCUCUUACUAGGUGACUAUGGGGAUAGUCUACACAGCGCAGGCACGGAUUCGAAUUCUAUACCGAACGGCUGGAGCUCUCUAAAAUCCAAAGACCCCGAUACACCCUCCAUACUCUCGUCCUCCCAAUCCCACACCGAAGAACCGCCCUGGAAACAUGAUUCUUGGGUGCUACUCCCUAACGAUACGGAGCCCACAGAAAUAGGAAGAAUGCCACGCAGAGCGCUUGGCUUCUUUCCACCCGCCAGGCGGAAAUCCCUCGCGUUUUCAGACGCUUCCACCCCUCGACCUUCUGUCGAUCUACCUCGUUCUUCCACCUCUACAAAUUCUCACGCCACAUCUCCGACUCACAGCACAACAAGACCUCGCGCAUCGAGUAAUCUAUCAUCCAUAUCUGGGCCCCAUGGGCGCCACCGCAGCACUUCCGGUUUCCAUCUUCAUGGACCCGGCGGUGUCGGUACAAUGGGCAAGAAUGUCCGGAGCCCCGGUCCUGCCCAGGAUGGAUUGAACAAGUUAUUUGCAUCACACUUACCCGAUGUCAAUCCGCCGCCGGAUCAAGAAUAUUUCACACCUUGGGCUCCGUCCCUGCUAGAUGCAGGCUCAGGGACAACCGUACAGCAUGGUGGCUCAGGCGCGCGGACGCCCUUGAGUGGAGCCGGCAUCGACUUUCAGGAAAUUGGAGGCGCGAUAGAAGGCUGGGUGCGCAAAGUCGGUAGCCAGGCCACGAAACUGUUAUCCGAACCGUCUACACCUGGGCAAGGCAAACGAUCCGCUGUCCCUGUCAUUGGAGCGGUUGGCGGCGAUCUAGGCGAUCUCAUCGAGCUAAGAGACGAUGCGUUCGAAAUCGGAGACGGUGAAGAAAGCAGAGGGAGAACCGGAAGAGACGAUACGUUGAUACCAACUAGCGAGCAAUAUCAGAGCGCGAGGCCAGACAUCAACCUCGUGAUACGAGACCGGGGGCGAAAGGGAGAUAGUAGCAAGACCGAUUGAGUGAUGAUCGCAUUUGUCUUUUUGGACAGGAGUUCAGGGCAUGGCAUGGAUGGCCCAUGUUAGAAUUGGAACUUUGCUAGCUAUUUGGUGGGCUUCGGAGCGUUCUGGCGUACUGCUUGCUUGGAUUAAGGGCUCGUUUAGCUAUAUACCUGCAACAGAAUCCUUAAAGCGCAUAGCUGUACAUAGUGCACAC